GAUAAUGAUGAACACAGACAGUGUUCGUCAUAGCUGUGCAGACAAUGGGUAAACUUAGGAAAUUCAAAAGCUAGAACUGAAAGUCGGUGAGCUCGAGUCUCCUGUGAAGGUUGAUAAGCUGGAGGACGUUUUUCUCACAAGCACAAGCCAUGCGUCCGCAGCAGAACAGAGGCCAGGUCUACAAAUGGGUCAAGACAUACCACCACUAGCCGCUCAAUGUUCUGGGUGUACAAUUGAACAAGGUCUGCCUCUCCACCAGCCCCCUUUUCCAGAAGCCAGAACAAGAUGAUGCAGUAGCAGCAGCAUGGCAGGAUGGUUACGGGUGGUCCUCCCAAGGCUGCGUCUCAGGAGGCUCUUUCCAACAAGAUGGAGUGCAGCUGUGUUCCUAGCCUACAUGAUAUUAUUUAUCAAUCAAGGAAUCCUGGUGACUGCCAGUCGGAAGGCGGACAAUACUUAUCCCUACAACACAGUUACUGUGGUGAUGAUCACAGAGAUCUUAAAACUGAUGGUUGCCACACUGCUGUAUGUUAAAGACAACUCAUUUCAGGAACUGCUAAGAGUCAUUGUGAGGGACAAGAAAGUGUUAGUCUUGUAUGUGGUGCCAGCAUCGCUCUACUGUCUGUACAACAACCUCCAGUUUGUGAACCUGGCUGUGUAUGACCCCACCACCUACUACCUACUGCUGCAGUUCAGGGUUGUCACCACCGGAAUUGUCUUUCAGAUUCUGUUCAAGAAGACACUGAGUAGACUGCAGUGGUUGUCACUAGUCCUGCUGACUAUCGGCUGUGUAGUUAAACAGAUCAAGCAUGACACCCAUAUGAGAGAUGUGGUGUCGUUUGGCGGCCAGUCUCUCAGUCUCCACCUGAAUGCCAACCUGUUACACAUCCUUCUCCAGGUGUUCUGCUCAUGCUUUGCUGGUGUGUAUACUGAGUUCCUGUUGAAGGGAGAAAAGUCCAGUCACGUGCCCCUCAUGAUGCAGAAUGUCUUCAUGUACCUGGACUCCAUCAUAUGCAACAUGUGUGUGCUGGCCUACACUGGCGACCUGCUGUCUGCCUUCACCACAGAGAGCAUCAACUCCAUACUUCAGCCGACUGUCCUUCUAGUUACCCUCAACCAGACUGCCAUAGGCAUCAUCACCAGUCUGUUCCUCAAGAGUCUCAACUCUAUACUCAAGACCUUUGCUAGUGCUUUAGAACUCAUGUUCACAGCAGUCUUAUGCUGGUAUAUCUUUGGCAUUCCUGUUGAUAUCUUUACUUUCAUUGCCAUCGUGAUUGUUUGUCUGGCCACCUUUCUCUAUUCCCUGAACCCUGUUGUCAAUCCAGCUCCAACUAGACAGACAAGGGACUCUGACAUGGAACAAGAUGGCAAACAGAAUGGACCUGGGGUUUAGUUCUUUGGGGCUUAUUAGAAAAUGCACUAUGCUUCGUCUUAAGUAUUACACUUAUUACACCAGUUUGAUGGAAGAGAGAGAGACGGGGGGAGGACAGUAUGGAGUCUAGAAAGAGCAAGGUUAUAGGGGAGACUAGAACCUCCUUGGGAGGAGGGAUGGAGUCUAGUUAGAAGAGAGGGAUGGAAUCUGGGGUGAAGUGGUGGUUGGGACAGAAUGUUUUCCUCACAUUUUAAACUUCUGAAAACGUUGAAGAGAAACAGCAUGGUCUAAAACAUUCCCAAAUGUUAUAGAUACCAUAAAUAUUGUAUGUUGCUUACAGUUCUAACUUGCACAUCAAGUUACUCAGAUGAUAAUACAGAUAAUACUGGGUGAUACUGGGAAUGCAGGAAUACUAGUUGAGGUGUAUCGUCUGUGUUUCAAGUUGUUGCAUAUGUCACAUUGACAUAUCCUGUAUUUGUCAUGAUCAGUAUUUCAAAUUGCUAUUGUACUGAUGUAAAUAGUUGACUUUCAAUAUGGCAUUUCCAUGUUAGUCAUUGUUGUUGAAUUAAAAAUGUGGCAAUACUUCUCUUAACUACAA